AUGUCCAGAGCCCUUGAUGUCCUGCCAAUGAAGGAGGAGGAUGUCCUCAAGUUCCUUUCAGCAGGAACCCACUUAGGUGGCACCAACCUUGACUUCCAAAUGGAACAGUACAUCUAUAUGAAAAGUGAUGGCAUCUACAUCCUAAACCAGAAGAAGACCUGGGAGAAGUUUCUGCUGGCAGCUCGUGCCAUUGUUGCCAUUGAAAACCCUGCUGAUGUCAGUGUCAUAUCCUCCAGGAAAACUGGCCAGAAAGCCAUGCUGUUGUUUGCUGCUGUCACUGGAGCCACUCUUGUUGCUGGCCGCUUUACUCCUAGAACAUUCACUAACCAGAUACAGGCGGCCUUCCGGGAGCCACGGCUUCUGGCGGUUACUUAUCCCAGGGCUGACCACCAGCCCCUCACAGAGGCAUCUUGUGUUAACCUACCUAUCAUUGCUCUGUGUCACACAGAUUCUCCUCUGCGCUAUGUGGACAUUGUCAUCCCAUGCAACAACAAGGGAGCUCACUCAGGGGGUUUGAUGUGGUGGAUGCUGGUCCAGAAAGUCCUGCACAUGCCUGGCACCAUUUCCCACAAACAUCCGUGGGAUGCCGUGCCUGAUCUCUACUUCUGCAGAGAUCCUGAAGAGAUGGAAAAAGAUCAGGCUGCUGCUGAAAAGGCUGUGACCAAGGAGGAAUUUCAGGGUGCACAGACUAUGCCAGCUCCUGAGUUCUCCGCUACUCAGUCUGAGGGUGCAGACUGGUCUGAACGCAUGCAGGUGCCCUCUGUACUUAGUCAGAAGUUCCCUACUGAAGCCUGGAGUGCUUAG